CUUGUGCGCUGCGAGCCCUUUCCGAAACCAAGAUGGCUGAGAUCAUGUUGUGCGGAACACGGAGUGACACGGUCCACAAAUGAAACAUAAAUCCUUUAAACAGGCGUGCUAGCAACAUCUGCGCAGACCGCGUCCGCGACAGUAGCCCCGUAUUGCGAAAUUGUGUCCCAGACUCAGGGAGGGACGUGCGGUACCCCGACAUAUACACAGACACGCACAACUGGAGGGAGAAAGUCUCGUAUGAAUUCCGACGAGAAGCAGGACUGUGAGUGUGCGCCACCACAGGCCGAGUCUAACCCAGCAGAAGGAUACGACAGAUCACUAGAGGAGUCUGACAUAGAAAACCCUGAAGCAAGCCGAAUGAAGCGAGCCGCUGCUAAGCAUUUGAUAGAACGCUACUACCACCAGUUAACAGAGGGCUGCGGAAAUGAGGCCUGCACCAACGAGUUCUGCGCCUCCUGCCCCGGCUUCUGCCGCAUGGACAACAAUGCAGCCGCCGUGAAGGCCCUGGAGCUGUACAAGAUCAACGCCAAGCUCUGCGACCCCCACCCUUCCAAGAAGGGGACCAGCUCCGCCUACCUGGAGAACAGUGCCAAAGGGCAUCACCAGAACUCCGCCUGCAGCGACAGGAGGCUGGACCGCCGGGAGCUGCAGGCCGUGAGGGACGACUUCAGAGAUGUGAAUUACCUGACAGAGGAGAAGGUGUAUGAGAUCCUGGACAUGUGCGCGGCGAAGGAGGAUUACUCUCCCCUGAUCCGCGUCAUCGGCCGGGUCUUCUCCAGCUCCGAGGGCCUGGUGCAGAGCUUCCGCAGGGCCAAGCAGCACACCAAGGAGGAGCUCAAGUCCCUGCAGGAGAAGGAUGAGGACAAGGACGAGGACGAGAAGGAGAAGGCCGCCUGCUCCGCCACCGCCAUGGAGGACGACUCGGAGGCGUCCUCCUCGCAGGGCGACAACAACGUCCAAAAGCUGGGCCCCGACGAGGUGUCGGUGGACAUCGAGGCGGUCAGGAGGGUCUACGACAAGCUGCUGGCCAAUGAGAAGGUGGAGGCGGCCUUCCUCAACGCGCUGGUGUACCUGUCGCCCAACGUGGAGUGCGACCUGACGUACCACAACGUGUACUCCCGGGACCCCAACUAUCUGAACUUGUUCAUCAUCGUGAUGGAGAACAGCAACCUCCACAGCCCCGAGUACCUGGAGAUCGCCCUGCCACUCUUCUGCAAGGCCAUGAGCAAGCUGCCCCUGCCGGCGUUGGCCAAGCUGGCGCGGCUCUGGUCCCAGUACAGCGCCGAGCAGAUCCGCCGCAUGACCGAGACCUUCCAGCAGCUCAUCACCUACAAGGUGAUCAGCAACGAGUUCAACAGCCGCAACCUGGUCAACGACGACGACGCCGUGGUGGCGGCCACCAAGUGCUUGAAAGUGGUCUACUAUGCAAACGUCCUGGGCGGGGACCUGGACACGGAGCACAAUGAGGAGGAGGACGAGGAGCCCGUCCCGGAGUCCAGCGAGCUGACGCUGCAGGAGCUGCUGGGGGAGGAGCGCCGGAACAAGAAGGGGCCCCGCGUCGACCCCCUGGAGACGGAGCUGGGCAUCAAGACCACCGACUGCCGGCGGCCGCUCAUCCCCUUCGAGGAGUUCGUCAACGAGCCGCUCAACGACGUGCUGGAGAUGGACAAGGACUACACCUUCUUCAAGGUGGAGACGGAGAACAAGUUCUCCUUCAUGACCUGCCCCUUCAUCCUCAACGCCGUCACCAAGAACCUGGGCCUCUACUACGACAACCGGAUCCGGAUGUACAGCGAGAGGCGCAUCACCGUGCUCUACAGCCUGGUGCAGGGCCAGCAGCUCAACCCCUACCUGCGGCUGAAGGUGCGCAGAGACCACAUCAUCGACGACGCACUGGUCAGGCUGGAGAUGAUAGCCAUGGAGAAUCCUGCAGACUUGAAGAAGCAGCUGUAUGUGGAGUUCGAGGGAGAGCAAGGAGUGGAUGAAGGAGGAGUUUCCAAAGAGUUCUUUCAGCUUGUAGUAGAAGAGAUCUUCAACCCUGAUAUUGGUAUGUUCACGUACGAUGAAACCACAAAGCUUUUCUGGUUCAACCCGUCGUCGUUCGAGACGGAGGGUCAGUUCACUCUGAUCGGCAUCGUCCUGGGUCUCGCCAUUUACAACAACUGCAUCCUGGACGUGCACUUCCCCAUGGUGGUCUACCGGAAACUAAUGGGCAAGAAAGGAACGUUCCGCGACCUUGCAGAUUCCCAUCCGGUUCUGUACCAGAGCCUUAAGGAGCUGCUGGAGUACGAGGGCAGUGUGGAGGAGGACAUGAUGAUCACCUUCCAGAUAUCACACACCGACCUCUUCGGAAACCCGCUCAUGUAUGACCUCAAGGAGAACGGAGACAAAAUACCCGUCACCAACGAGAACAGAAAGGAGUUUGUGGCCCAGUACGCCGAGUACAUGCUGAACAGAAGCGUGGAGAAGCAGUUCAAGGCGUUCAGGAGAGGCUUCCACAUGGUGACCAACGAGUCGCCUCUGAAAUAUUUAUUCCGCCCCGAGGAAAUCGAGCUGCUUAUCUGCGGAAGUAGGAACCUAGACUUCCAAGCGCUUGAAGAAACGACAGAAUACGAUGGAGGCUACAACAGAGACUCCCGCAUCAUCAAGGACUUCUGGGAAACGGUGCACUCAUUUGGGGAGGAGCAGAAGAGGCUAUUCCUGCAGUUCACCACAGGCACAGACAGGGCUCCUGUAGGAGGGCUGGGCAAGCUGAAGAUGAUCAUCGCCAAGAACGGUCCCGACACAGACAGGCUGCCCACGUCCCACACCUGCUUCAACGUCCUGCUGCUCCCGGAGUACUGCAGCAAGGAGAAGCUGAGGGAGCGGCUGCUGAAGGCCAUCACCUACGCCAAGGGCUUCGGCAUGCUGUGAGCCGCGGGGCGCCCGCAGACCACCUGGCCACCGGCGCCACGCGCUGUCCCUCUCGGAGAAAGAAACGUACUACCACAAAAACAAAAAUGCCGGGGGGCCGUGCGGGAGAGAGCUGCAGCGGACGCGCGCCUGCGCCCGGACCGCCACCCCGGGGGCUGCGAGGGCCGGACGAGCAGAGGAACCACCAGUGAUCAAGCUCUCCUUUAUUUUUUUUGUUGUUUUUUUUUUUUUUUUGUUUUC